CAAUGAUUCACUCUCAGGAAGUUGACCUUCCUGAACUGACCUCAGCCUCCUGCACUCUCUCAGUCUGUUUUGAAUCCCUUCAGGUUCCUGAACUGAGCACACUGCCUGCACACUGACCUCCUCAUUCUCUGCACACAGUGACAGUGGAAUGGAUAAUAGCUAUGGCACACAGUAAUUUGCGCUCACCGUCCUCCUCUCCUCAUGAUGACAUCAAUCUGGGACCUUCAGCAAACCCACAUGCCAGGCCCACUGACUUUGACUUCUUGGCUGUCAUUGGCAAAGGGACCUUUGGAAAGGUCCUGCUCGCCAAGCUCAAAGCCGACAACAAAUUCUACGCUAUCAAAGUGCUGCAGAAGAAAGUCAUCCUGAAGAAGAAAGAGCAAAAAAACAUUAUGGCUGAGAGAAAUGUGCUGCUCAAGAGUUUGAAACACCCGUUUUUGGUUCGGCUCCACUACUCCUUCCAAACCCCAGAGAAACUCUACUUUGUCCUCGACUAUGUGAAUGGGGGAGAGUUGUUCUUCCACCUGCAGAGAGAGAGAUGUUUCUCUGAGCCCAGAGCGAGGUUCUACACCGCUGAGGUAGCGAGUGCUAUAGGCUACCUUCACUCUCUCAACAUCGUUUACAGAGAUCUGAAACCAGAGAAUAUUCUUUUAGACUCUCAGGGCCAUGUGGUGCUAACAGAUUUUGGGCUGUGCAAAGAGGGUGUAGAGCCAGAGGGAACCACCUCCACUUUCUGUGGGACUCCAGAAUACUUGGCUCCAGAGGUUCUUCGUAAAGAACCAUAUGACAGGACAGUGGACUGGUGGUGUCUGGGAGCAGUACUCUAUGAGAUGAUCUACAGCCUGCCUCCUUUUUACAGUCGUGAUGUCGGUGAAAUGUAUGAUGGGAUCCUCCACAUGCCACUACCUCUGCCUCCAGGGAAGUCUGAGGCUGUCUGCUCCCUGCUACUGGGUCUCCUGCAGAAGGACCAGCACAGGCGCAUCGGGGCCAUUGCUGACUUUUUAGAAAUAAAGAACCACACAUUCUUCUCUCCAAUCAACUGGGAUGACCUUUACCACAAGAGAAUCACUCCUCCUUACAACCCUAAUGUGAGAGGCCCAUCCGACACUCAGCAUAUCGAUCCAGAGUUCACCAGAGAAAUGGUUCCUAACUCUGUGAGUCGGACCCCGGAGCUCAACGCCAGCACCAGCUCCAGCUCCAGCUCCAACAACGCCUUCAAUGGGUUUUCCUUUGUCGCCAGUGAGGACAGUUUUCUGUGAGAUCCUGACAAACAGAUCAAAUAGAGUGAUCACACUUCUUUUGAGUUUAGAUCUCAUGAGAAUAAAAGCUCCUCAUGUACUAUGGUAACCAUUGCAGAAGUCCCACAGUGCAUCUAUCAUGUUUGACUACAGGGAUUUCCAAAUUGUUCCUCGAGGUGCAGGAAAUCUUACCAAAUAUACAGGGCUCAUAAGAAGUGGGAGCAUCUUUAAGAUGCAGUGCAAAUUAUUUUUAUUCCAUUCAUUUGCAAAUGGAUGAAGAGGAAGUGAAGCAGAAUUUACACAAAAGAUGUUUUAUAAUUCUUUUAUACUCUGUUUAAAAAGAGAGAAAAAAAUCACAACAUCCUCUUCCUGUGUACAUCCAGACACUAUGUGAACACUAAUUCUAAUCUGUGAGUUCUCCAACACUUUUACCAAUUCCAGUAUGGUUUUCUAACCCUAACCCUUCCUUAAAGUAUCUUUGACCAAAUAUCAAUGGAGGUGAAAAAACAUCAAAAAAUAUUCUUACUAACAGAUAUAUAACACUGUGAGUCAUGCAGAAGGUGUGAAACAAUGGCUACUAGUCCUCACAACAAUUAACCUAUUUGUUAAUAUACCAUGAUGAUGCACUGCUGAUAAAAAAACACUCCAUGUUGCAGACCUUUAUGCCUAAACGUCAGCUAACUGCACCUCAGUGUGCACAUGAUGUGGAUAACAUGGUUUAUUAUGUGGAUCAUUGUUUUGUUGUCUGUAUUGUAAUUGAAGAAAGGAUAGAUUAUUUCAGUUUAUAGAUAGCAGCCAUUAAUUUGUCAUUAAUUAGUUUUAUUUUAUGAUAUGUAACAGGCUAAAACAGUUCAUGUUAUCAUGAAAAUACUGUGUCUUACAUCUGUAAAUAUACAGUAGCAGCUUUGCAAUCAGAUUAUGUACUGUAGUAAUGUGAUUUUAUCAGUGUAAAUCAUGAAGUGCCUCUCUGCACUAAAACUGUAAUCCUGCAUGCAAACUUGUUAUUCCCUGAUUGAUCAUGUAAACAGAGAGACUGACGUUACACACUGUCGGGUCACGCUGCCAGCAGCAGCAUCAUUGUGGGUUGAUGAUAGCGAUGCAAAAAUCCAUGUGUGUGUGUGUGUGUGUGUGUGUGUAUGUACAUAGAAAACUUGUUAAUAAAUCUAACAGCUGUCAAAACAUUUUCAUGUUCUUUUGAAUGAACCAUUAAAUAUGAUGUGUACAUAACAGAAACAAUGUUUUUGAUAAUUAAGUAGUGUGAGGCUUGUAGUUUUGCAUUUUACAAGUACAGUUGUGAGGUACUUUGACUUUACUUGAGUAUUUCCAUUUUCUUCUGUUUUACCUCCUUCUUCCAGCUAUAAGCACAGUGUUUUAAU